AUGACAGCUCAAGUAUCAAAGGAAACAAAUGAAGAGUGGCGAGGUGGCCCAUGUGAUUGUGUGUUAUCACAAAGCGCAGAAGCCAAGCCAGGGCCGGCCCACAAGGCCCAAGUGGUCCAAGCAUCAUUUAGUGUUAGGUCGACCCUGGAAGAAGCUGAAGAAUACACAGUAAGAGCUGCCUUAGGUUGGACUAGUGUUCCUCCCGGUGGUGCUUCUUUCUAUUCCAAAUGGACUCAAAACUUCACAUUCAAACUAAGUGGCAAUCAAACUAAGUUCCCGAAUGAUAACUCAAUGUUCAAUUUUGAAUCUGGAAGCCACACAGUGGCCUUACUCACCAAGGCUAACUAUGACAAGUGUAAUGUCAAUGACUACAUCCAAAAUUUCAACACAGGACCUGGUAGAAUCACACUCAAUAGCACAGGGGAGUUCUACUUUACCUUCACCUUCUCUGGCCAUUGCAGCAGUGGCCAAAAGCUAAGGGUUGAAGUCACUAGUGGUGGUUCCUCUUCUUCUCCUGUACCAAGAAAAGCUCCAGCAGAAGGUCCUUCUUCUCCUCCACCACAGGGUUCAGCCACUCCUCUGGCUGCUACCUUCUCUGUUCUCCAUAUCACCAUUGCCCUCAAUUUUUGUCUCAGUUUUAAGACAGCUACUGUUAUGAUACACAAGGUUCUUUCAAUUUCAAUGUCGGGUUUCCAUGAUUUUGGUUUGUGAUAUAUGCCUACUAUAGAGGGGCUACAUUUGUGUUGUAUAUGUGCUUUCAAUUCACUUAAAAAAAUUUGUUUCAUUCCCAGCUGCAGCCUUGUUUAAUUUGUUUGGUAUGAGAAUGAGAUGAUUAUAUAUUAGAAUUUGUU